UCCAAAAUAUAAGUGCAGUGAAUAAAAAGAUAAUGCACGGGAUUCACAAAAUUUUUGUAGACUCAAAGCAAGACUUGUAAUCCUACGAGUAACACACUCGAUAUCCGCUCCAAGGCAGCUUCAAAAAAGUGGCCUUCUUCUUAAGUGACUUGCCACGAACGAACUAGUUUGAUCUCUGGAAGUCCAGCUCUAAUGAACUCAUUAGCCGGACCCCAACACUCAAAAGAGAAUUUAGGAUUUCAUAGUAAUUUGGUAAUAAGGAGAGAAGUUAGAAAGGUUAAGCUCAAGAAAGGAAUAAGCUCUCUCUCUCUCUCUCUCUCUCUCUCUCUCUUAAGCUUUUUCAGGUUUCCUCUCUAUUAUCUUUUCACAUAAAAAAUUGUGUAAAGCAUGAUAUUUAUAGGAAGGGGAAUAAUUUGGGUUGAACUAGGAAAUCCCAUUUAGAACAAAAUUAGAAUUCUUGUAAACUCACUCGAGCGACUGUCGAGCAAGAAUCAAGUUAAGUUUUUGUUUUUGCUUAUUUAACGUCCGAACUUGCAGACUCGAGCAAGUGUUUAUAAAAUGCAAGCCUUGAAUGAAAUUUCGAACCAGUCUCAACUGUAAAUAUAAUCAAUUACAAUCCAAAUGACCCAUGUUUUGAUACUAGGAUUUGCCAACACAAAUACAAAACCUAACAGUGGUGAUUUCCUUUGUGAUAUCAUCCAAAUAUCCUUUUGAAUGUAGGAUUUCCUAUCUUGAAAGUUUAACAAAAUGGGUGUUAAUGGUGCAAGUUUAACUAUUUGAUAUGUCAUUGUUUCGUGAUGUCUGUGGUUUAUCGAAGAAUUUUUUUGAUUUUUUAGUCAGAUUUAGCUGAUCUUCUUAUAAAAUGUUGUGAUUUGCUGUGUGUUUUUUUUCUUCUUUAGAUCAACAGAUAUGUGACUUCCUUGUUCCUAGUUUUAGCUGUAAAGCAAAAUUUCAGGUUUCUGAUACGGUUCCUGCUUAUCCAUCUCAUAUUACAUCUUGUAAGUCUUUGCAAAAACCGGUAUGUGCAUAUUCCUGUACGUCAAACUACUUUAUGUACAACGAUUUUGUAUCUCCGAAUAUUGCUGAACACAAGUGUAUGUUUGGUUUUAUUGAAGUUAAUUCUUUAAUCAACAACUGGGAAAGCUAUGAGUUUCUUUGUUGGAUCCUAGCAGGUUGUGGAGUUUAAUUUAUAAAAACUAAGAUGUCUUCUCAAAGCAAGAGGAGAGAGAUGGAUGUCACGAACUUGAUGAUGCAUGAUUAUACUGUGGAGAUGAUAAAUGAUGGACUCAAUGAAAUUAACGUGGAAUUCCAUGGUCCAAAAGAAAGCCUUUAUGAAGGCGGGGUUUGGAAAGUCCAUGUUAGGCUUCCCGACACUUAUCCAUAUAAGUCUCCGUCUAUUGCAUUUGUGAACAAGAUAUACCACCCAAAUGUUAAUGAACGAUCUGGUUCUGUGUGCUUGGAUGUUAUUAAUCAAUCUUGGAGUCCAACGUUUGAUCUGUUAAAUGUGUUUGAAGUUUUCCUUCCACAGCUCUUGCUUGAUCCGAAUCCUUCCCACCCAUUUAAUCGUGAUGCUGGAGCAUUGAUGAUGAAGGAUCGGAAGCUGUAUGAUCAGAAAGUAAAAGAAUACUGUGAGCGAUAUGCAAAGAAGGAGACUAUCACCAAUUCCACACUUGAAGGGGAGUGUAACGAUGAGGACAUCAGUGACGAAGAAAGUGGUUCUAGUGAUGAUGAUAUUGCUGGACAUGGCGACCCAUAAUGAACUUGGUGUGCAUCAUUCUCUGAUUUCAAAACCAUCUUUAUAGCAGCCAGCAGCAAUGAAUCCCUAUAAUAUACUAAACUCUUCAAUUGUUACUAGUUUUUGCUGGAUAUUUCUAUUGUGACACCUGUACUGAUAUUUAAAGAUACAGGGGAUGGAAUGGAAAACAAAGAAACAGAAGGAAUCCACAUGUUAAUCCAUAUCUUUUUACUAAUGAUGUAUUAUAAAUAAGUAUUUAUUAUAAGUUUGUGAGAUUAAAGAUGGUUGAAUGUAGUGUGUGGCCUUCUCAUGUA